AAAGAAAAUGUUAAUAUCGAAAAAGAAAAAGAAAAAGAAGAGCUUCUCUUUUGUUCUCUUCUUUGUAAAACCCCGUCAGGAGUACUAGCAGAAGUGACCACCAGUCGCCGAUUGUCGGAGAGCAUUCCCGGAGAUCAGUGAUCGAUAUCUGUCAAAAUCAUUUUUUUAUUUUUUUGGAGUUUUCGUAGGGGAAGGGAAGUUGGAUAUGUCAAGGUUUCGCUCGCUAUUGCAAGCAUCGCUGAAUGCUACUAGAAGAGCACUCACGUGGAACAUUGAAGACCUAGUUCCACCAAGUGAAAGAUACAUUUUCAACUUUAAUUCAAAGGAUGAGCUCAAGAAAUGGCAUUUAUACUCAGAUUCAGAAUAUGGAGGUCUAUCCUCAGCAGCUUUGGAGAUUAAGGAUACUGGAAAUGGAUCAACAAAUGUUGGUGUUUUCUCCGGAAACCUCUCUUUGGAUGUCAUGGAAGGAUCAAAGUGGAAUAUGACUCGAAGUGGCUUUUGUGGAAUGCGAUCUAAAAAGUUUGAUGGCUUCAUUGAUUUGGAUGGAUAUGACACGAUAGCUCUUAAACUUAAAGGAGAUGGAAGAUGUUAUAUUUCUACUAUAUACACAGAGAAUUGGGUCAAUACUCCUGGACAAGAUGAAGAUAAUUCAUGGCAAGCAUUCAUUUUUGUGCCAAAAGAAAACUGGUAUAUUGCAAAAAUCCCACUUACUCGUUAUGUACCUACUUGGAGAGGGAACAUGAUAAAUGCAAAGUUGGAGAUGAAUCCAGCUCGAAUUCUUGGCAUGUCUCUAUCUGUCAACGCAGAAGGUGGAGUUCCAGGUGCGAAGUCUGGGCCUGGUAAUUUCCAAGUGGAAGUUGAUUGGAUCAAAGCCUUGCGGAUGCAGUAAGCAAAAGUGGAACAUCUUAAAGAAUUAUUAAAGUAGGCUGGGAUGUUUGGGGCAUCCACGCUCACCAGUUGAGCAAGAUUGUGGAAAUGCCAUUCAGAGAUGGAGAAGAUACAGGUUCUUUUUCUAUGUACCUCGGAGGAAAAGAGAGAAUUGAGCUGAGGAAAGGAGUGAAACCUUAAGAUGCAGUUUGCUUAAAUGCAGUGACUACAGGCUCCACACACCCAAUUCAAAUUAUCAGAUUUUUCUCUUGUAAUAAAUGGGGCUCUUCAAUUUUUCUCUAGCCUAUCAACUAAUAUGUUUAAUAAUUAUAUCCUUGUCUGUUACAAGGUUUGGCAAUCAAAUAUUUCAACAAUGGGCUUGGAAUC